AAUCAGUAGCGGGCGGAAGCGUUGUUUCUGAGUUGACAAUAUGAGCGUCUUCGGAACUUUGCGAAUUCCAACAAAUUAAAAUUGUUCGUGGAUCUAACAUAUCAUGGCCUCAAAAUCAGACCAACUCCUCAUUGUCGUUUCUAUUCUUGGAGGUCGUCAGUUUCCCAAGAGACAGCAACAAACCUUAGUUGUACAAGCAAAGUUUGAUGGGGAACAGCUAGAGACAGACCCUGUGGAGCAUAAGGAACAGCCACAGUUUUGUACAGAACUGGCAUGGGAGCUUGAUCGCCGAACGCUUCAUCAGCAUAGACUGCAGCGGACACCCAUCAAGUUGCAGUGCUUUGCAAUUGAUUCAAAUAACUCUUCAAGAGAAUGUGUUGGCUAUAUUGUCUUGGAUCUCAGAUCAGUCCAGGAAGUUAAGCAGCCUCCUAAGUGGUAUUCCUUGCUGAGUAGUAAGUACACUAAACUGAAGCCAUCACUGUUGUUGAGCCUGGUCCUGGAAAAUGACACCAAACAGGAACCUGAUCAAUUUAAGGCAAAGAAAGCUCCACCAAGACCAGAGUCACCUGUAACCACAAAGCCUGAAUCAAUUAAACUAGAGGUGAUUCUAAACGAAGAAGAAGGAUAUCACCAAAUUGGACCAGCAGAUGUUUGCAAAGACCUGUUUGUUCUGUCUGUAACUGUAGCCUUUGCAACCAGACUGGAACAGUUAAUUUCAGGUUCAAUGAAGUUAGUCAGUGAAGGUUCAGAGUUUUUCUUCUUCUACACUCUGUUGGGCAAUGAUGUCACCAGCGAACCCUUCCAAAACCUCAUCAAUCCAAACUUUGAGCCUGAACGAGCCUCAGUUCGUAUUCGCAGCAAUGAGAAAGUAUUAAGAACUUUUUUCAGCAAGCACCCAAACCUUCAGAUUCAUCUUUGCUGUGGAAACCAGUCGUUAGGCAGCACAGAGGUCUCUCUUGCUUCGCUCAUGAAGAAUAGUGUGGAUCUGGUCAAACAGGCGGCCUCUGUAGAGGGGGCUUUUGUCUUGAAUCCACCAAGUCGUAUACAACGGAACAGUCAGUCUAUCCCAGUGGAUUUACAGCCAACAGUUGGGGUGUCCGUAGGCUUGAGAAAAGAAGAAGCCAAUGCUGAGGCGCUGCCUAUUAAGGGUGAAGAUGGGCUUAGGACUCCUGUUAAAAAAAGCCCAGGAGUGCAUUUCUUUCCAGAGCCAACUCUGUCUGAGCCAAGACAGUUUAGUCCAUCUCCUGUUCCGUCCCAGAAUUCUCCAUCACCUGAACAUCAGCAUUCAGAGAGUGAGGCUGAGAGCCUCCCUGAUGAUGCAAAGAAAGCUGACCCAAAACAAUCAGAAUUGCCUAUGCCUUUUUUUGCUGUGUCUGAAAAUGUGCUACCAGAGAGAGAACCAGAAGUUCCAGGAUCUUCCAUUAGUGUGUCUGCUCCAAAGAUUUCCAUUCCAGCCUCAGCACAUCAUUACUGCUUUUCCAUAGAUCUGUGCAGCAUCAGAGACCUUAAUGUGAGCUUCCCCGUGAACUGCACACUAAGGUAUGCCUACCAGUUCUUUGGGAGUGCAGCCCCAAUAAUGACAAAUCCUGCAGUGACGAUUAAGAGGAAUACAGAGGUUUUCCUGCCUCAGUCCUACUGUGCAUUUGAUUUUGCUGCACUUCCCAAUCAGUUACAGGAUACAUUCUCAAGGGUUCCACUGGUGGUUGAAAUGUGGCAUCGAGACCCUACUGCCAGUGAUGUCCUACUAGGCACAGCCAGCAUUCAGCUUUCCCACCUCCUCUCUUCUGAGAAGACCCACUUUCUUAGCCACCAGUCAGGCGAGCAGCACCGGAGACAGACUUACUCUGGGAGACUAGCUGUUGUCAAAACAUCACGAGCAAACGAGAAGGUGGCUGAACUUAGUUAUGUGACAGUUCUGGAGGAUAUGGGUCUAGUGAAAGCCCAGGAUGUCCUCUUUUCUGAGUCUUCCCAGGGUGCUAAUCAGGUAUACCACAAGCCAGCAGCUCGGGCUAGGCCAUGCAGUGAAAGAGAGGUAGAGACUAAGCCUCGGGAGACUUUGGAGUAUAGGGCAGCACUAGAGCUUGAGAUGUGGAAGGAGAUGCAAGAAGAUCUAUUUGAAAACCAGUUGAAGCAGAAAGAACUGAGCCACAUGCAAGCCCUAGCAGAGGAGUGGAGGAAGAGAGAUCGGGAACGAGGGGCACUCCUUAAAAAGAAGGAGAUGGAGUAUAAUCUUAUGGAAGAACAGCUCCAGAAGGCUCUAGCUGACAUAGAAAAAAGAGAAAAGACUCUCGCUCAUGCAGAGAUGGAGACACAGAGGCUGCAGAAGGAAAUGCGUGUGGAGCAUGAGUUCAGCAUGCGGGAGCUGCAGGACACCACCAGGCGCUUACGUGAAGACUGUGCUCACCAGGUGGAGCUGGAGAGAUCAAAGGUCAGACAGCUUGAGGAGGACCUUGCAAGGCGUCAACAGCAGGUAAUAGAUGCUGAAAAGAAGUACAAACUCCUAGAAAAAGAAUUUCAGCAUUAUCGUGACGAGCAGAAGACUCGGCCUGAAAUCCAUUUGCAGUCUGAGAUUAAUUUGAUUCGAUUAGAGAAGGCGGAAUUGGAGCGGAAACUAGAAUCAACAACAAAAUCUAAACUGCAUUACAAGCAGCAAUGGGGGCGUGCUCUAAAAGAACUGGCAAGAUUUAAACAGUGCAUUUCCUGCAUGAAGUAAAUUAAUUUUCCAGGGUUGAAGAAAACUCCUGCAUGGUGCACUGAGAAACGGUAAGGCUGCCUCUAGCUUGUGGUGUUUGCUUUGAAACAUUGAACUCCUUCUUAAGUGAACCCUGUAAAGACUAAUACCAAUGUAAACAGAGCAGACGCAAAGAGCUUAUCAGGCCUUACUAAUAACUGUUAAAGACAGAGUCCAGCUGGAAAGUCUGAGUUGUCUUUUCCCCCCUGCCUCUUUUUCUUUCGUCUCUUUAAGUGCCAGAUAUAUGUUAGGAAAACAUUGGUUGAUUUAUGAUGCACCAAGGGGUCUAGAACAUGAUAUGAAAGAGAGCUAUAAAUCAGAAUUAUAUUAUUCUAAGCAUUAGCCUGCACAGUAACCAAUUGAACAUUGAGUUCAGUCGUUGAAAGAUCAAUAUAUGAAGAUGUGAUGCUAAUAUUUACACCUGGGGUAGAUUAUUCUCAGUGUUCACAUAUAAUUUAUGAAAGUCAUUGACUGUUGCAUAUUCGAAAUGUAUAAAAUUAUAUUAAAACAGCAUUAUUAGUUGUAAAAGUAUUAUUUGGAGGGCGUAGUGAACACAUGACAGAUUUCAUUAAAAAUCCUUAAUACUUAUAAAAUAGCCCUAUUAUCGUUAGUCCAAAUGCAUAUUUCUCACCCACUCAGGGAAUAUCUUCUGGCUUUAGCUGCUAACACUACAGGCCCUGCCUAUUUAAAACUUGCUUUAGCAUUUAUUUUGUCAAUUUGAAGAGCUGGGAAAACUUAAGCCAUGAAAUCCCCCAGGUGCUUGUCCUGUUCUUGUCAGCUCAGUGUUCAGCAGAAAACUGCAAUUGAGCUGUAGUCUGGAAGCCUUCUGCACUUACAUGAGUCCUUCGUCUGACCCUCUCUGGAGGAAAGCCACAGGUCAUUCAUUGGUCACUCUGUUGCUUUUUACUCCUUUGUCAACCCCCAGGUCAAGGCAACCCAAAAUAUGUUUGUGUACACAAUUUGUCAAGGUCCUAUAAUAGUUAGUUAGGCCAUCCUUUUGCCAUGCACCUUUUUAUUGUCAGUUUAGGCCUCUGGAAAUAUUUAGUUUAGCCAUCAACCACAGGUAGCAAAGGAAACACUUCAGCCCUAGGGACCUAAAGAAAAUCUGCAGGAUAAUUGUUUCAGCGUUUUUCUUCACCAUUUGCUUGGCUUUAAAUGCUAUAGCCAUGUCUUUUUGGGUUUGUUUUUCUUACAAUUUAGGUUCUUACAAAUGUAUUAUUGGCCUCAAAUGCUCCACGAAAAGACAAAAUUAAAUUAGA